AUGGAAAGCUUGAUUGGUGGGGAAUGCGGGAGUCCUGUCUUGUUUGAUGACGAUGAUGGUGACGACAGCGACGUCGACAACGAUGUUGGCGGAGAACUGGGGGGGAUAGACGCAUGCAUGCAGGACAUGCAGCAGCAACAGCAGCGGCGGCAGCUUGCACACGAUGACCGCGACAGCGAUGACGACUUCAUGUUGGUGCUGACGCAGUGCACGCGUGCACCCAAUCACAUGCAGGCGAAGGACACUGCUGUGGAUCGGGAGCACAGUGACCCAUCGCUACAGGAGGAAGAGGAAGGAGGGGAGAACGACGAGAGUCAUGGUGGUAGUGGCGAUGCCGUUCAGACUUUGAGCCGUUCAUGCGAAGGAGAAGAGUCUACGGAUACCACCGAUGCAUCAAAUGUCAUCGUCAUUGACGAUGACGAUGACAUUGACACCGAUGACGAUGAUGACACCGAUGAGGCGCAACAGCUACAGUACAUACAGCAACAGCAACAGUACACACAGCAACAGCAACAGUACACACAGCAACAGCAACAACUCAGGCAUUGGGACCGUCAAGGGCCCAUCUUGCCUGUACGUGAUUCCACCAUGAGUAGCUGCUUCAGCAUGCACCAUCAACGUCAGCGCGCCGGCAGCGAUGCGAGCGACAAUGAUGUGGAGGCCACGGUGGCAGCGCUCGAGCAAGUGUGGCACAUACACGCUGCAACAGCUGAAGGCGCAGCCGAUGGCGUUUCCACCCACCGCAUGGCCUCUCCCGUGAUAACAUCUGAGGCAGAGCCGAGCACCAGCGCCAUCGCCACCACCCCAGUCGUCAACAACGAGCGGCACGAGAGGGGAGCCAACAGCCCAAGACGCAAGCAUCCCAAGACGUCGGCGUCGUCGCUGUCGGCAUCAUCGUCAUCCUCAGCGCCAACAGCAGGCGCUACUGGUGCAGCUCCGGUGAAACCGCACACAAACACCGCGGGCAGGGCGAACGCAUUUGAUGUGCUGAUGCGAGCAUCAAAGCGGGAGGCACAGCAGCCACUUAUGCGUAGGGGGUCGAGUAAGGAAAGCGGCAGCGACGCCAGCACUCAUGGGCUACCGCGUCGUCUGCGGCAGUGCCCUUUCUACAAGUGGGUCAAGGAUACUUCGUUCACAGUGGACGCGUUCAGCUACGGAGCAAUCCCCAACUGCACAGCGUACUUCCUGUCCCACUUCCACGCCGACCACUACACGGGGCUCACCAAGUCUUUUCCCGCAAAAGUCUAUUGCAGCGAGGCGACGGCGCGUCUGUGCACACUUCUUCUUCGCGUUCCGCCAGAGAAACUCAACCCGCUUCCAAUGAACACUCCAGUCAAGGUGCAAGGAGUUACUGUGGAAUUGAUUGACGCAAACCACUGCCCUGGCGCCGCCGUGAUCGUCUUCACACUCCCGUCAGGGCGCCGCCACGUGCAUACGGGCGAUUUCCGCGCGUGCGAGGCAAUCUGGCAACACACCUCCAUCGCUGGCAAACGCAUACACACCGUCUAUCUCGACACGACGUACUGUGACCCGCGCUACACGUUUCCAUCGCAGUAUGCGGUUCUCAACUUUGUGGCAAACCUUGCCAUCAAGUACCUCAAACGCCACCCGCACCUGUUGGUUGUGGUGGGCUCAUACACAAUUGGCAAAGAAAAGGUGUUCCUGUCCAUUGCGCGUGCUCUUGGAUGCCGCGUGUAUGCAAGCACACGCAAGCAGCAGAUAUUUGGCUGUUUGCAGGACGAUGCCCUGAACGAAGUGCUAACAGAUAACCCACUCGAGGCCCAAGUGCAUGUCACUUCCAUGUCAACCGUCAACCUUGAUAACCUCGCGCGCUACUACCGUGAGGGAUACGGCUUCCGCAAGCGGUUUGAGCACGUGCUUGGCUUUCGGCCAACGGGGUGGACCCAUUCCCAGAAGCUCCCCGCACUCUCGUUCAUCAAACCAAAGACAAAGCGGAAUAUCACCGUCUACGUGUUCUACUUUGUGCUGGUGCUGUCGAGCUUCUACAUGUUCCAGGGCUUUGGGGGCGUCUUCAACUACGGCAUCUCCACGCUCUUCGCCUGCGCCGUCGCCGUCUUCCUGAGCACAGGAUCAAAGUGA